UGCCGGCCGUCCGCCAUGGGCAGCCCCGAGCGCCGCCGAGCUACGGGCAGGGGGCCCGGGAGCUCCCAGGAGCAGAGCACCGGUAGCGCCGCUGCGCGCAGCCUCCCGCGGCGGGCCUUGGGCUCGAUGGACCGGGGCAGACCGCCCGUGCAGCGGCCCUCACUGAGCCAACAGCGGGGCCAGCACAGCGAUUCUGCCGGCUCCCCGGUACAGAAAGCCCUGCGGGCACUCACGGUCCCGCUGGAGACGCUGCAGGUGCUGAAGGGCCACAUGAUGCAGGACAUGCGCAAGGGGCUGAGCCGCCAGAUGCAUGCGCAGGCCACCAUGCAGAUGCUGCCCACCUUCAUCUGCUCCAUGCCCGAUGGCACCGAGAAGGGUGACUUCCUGGUGGUGGAGCUGUGCCAGAACUAUGUCCGGACCCUCUGCGUAACCCUCUUGGGUGACGGGAACCAGAGACCUCAAGUGAUGUACAAGAUCUUUGACAUACCCAUGAACAUCACGCAGGGCAAGGGGCAAGCGCUCUUCAGCUUCAUUGCAAAGUGCUUGCACCAGUUCCUGGCUGGCCUCAGCAGCCUCCAGCGUCGCUUCCCCUUGGGCUUUGUCUUCCCCUUCAGCUGCAAGCAGACACAGCUGGACAAGGCAGAACUCAUCUCCUGGUCCAAGGGCUUCAAGUGCCCUGAUGUGGAGGGGAAGGAUGUUGUGCAGUUGCUGCAGUCAGCCAUCAACAAGGAAGAGCUCUAUGUGGAUGUUGUUGCUCUGAUGAACGACACUGUGGGCACCAUGAUGACCUCCAGCAAGGAUGAUAAGGCCUGUGAGAUUGCCAUCAUUGUAGACGUGGGCACCAACAGCUGCUUCAUGGCUGAGGCACAACUGGUCGAGAUGGUGGAGGAGACCAGUGGGAGGAUGUGUGUCAACACCGAGUGGGGCUGCUUCGGGGACGAUACCACCCUAAGGGGCAUCGUGACCACCUACGACCAGCGCGUGGACAAGGAAUCCUCCAACCCCGGGAAGAAGAGGUUUGAGAAGCUGGUGGGCAGCCUCUAUCUGGGGGAGAUCGUCCGGCACGUGCUGAUCGCCCUGGCUGCUGAGAAAGCGAUCUUCACUGGGAGCAACACCGGCAUCCUGAGGAACAAGGAUGUGCUCAAGACCCAUCACGUCCUGGAGAUCAUCAGCCACGAGGAUGGCAUGGCCAAGACGAGGAGCAUGCUGGAGUCUUUGGGACUGCAGCCGAGCGAGCGGGAUUGCUGCCGGGUGCAACAGGUCUGCCGGGUGGUGGUGAGCCGUUCUGCCACGCUCUGUGCCGCGGGGCUGGCUGCCAUCCUCACACACAUGUGCCAGAGCCGGGAGCUGGAGCAACUCUCGGUCAACAUCGGGGUGGAUGGCGAGUUGUACCGAGAUUACCCCAGGUUUGGGGAGAUCCUGCAGAGCGUGGCGGGGCUGCUGGCCCCGGAGUGCACGAUCACCCUCCUGCCCUCGGUGGAUGGGACCGGGCGCGGGGCAGCCAUGGUGACGGCGGUGGCUCUGCGCCUGGCGGAGCAGCGCCGGGAGGUGGAUCAGCUGCUGGCCCCUCUGCGGCUCAGCCUCUCCGAGCUGCAGCGCGUCCAGGCGCUCAUGAGACGGGAGAUGGACCUGGGGCUGCGCAAGGAGACCAAUGCCACAUCCUCUGUCCGCAUGCUGCCCACCUACGUCCGUGCCACGCCUGAUGGCACUGAGCGAGGGGAAUUCCUGGCGCUGGACCUGGGGGGAACCAACUUCCGGGUGCUGGUGGUGCGUGUGGCAGAGGACAGCAUCCGCAUGGCCAGCGAGAUCUAUGUCAUCCCCACCUCCGUCGUGCAGGGCACUGGUGUGGCGCUCUUCAACCACAUCAUUGAGUGCAUCAUGGACUUCCAGCUGAAGCAGGACCUGAUGGAGCAGACCCUGCCACUUGGCUUCACCUUCUCCUUCCCCUGCCAGCAGCUGGGCUUGGAUAAGGCAGUGCUGCUGAACUGGACCAAAGGCUUCAACGCCUCAGGCUGUGUGGGGCAGGACGUGGUCCAGCUGCUGCGGGAUGCUGCCCAGCGCAAAGAGAACUUUGCGCUGAAUGUGGUAGCUGUAGUCAACGACACGGUGGGAACCAUGAUGUCCUGCGGCUAUGACGACCCUAAAUGUGAAAUCGGCCUCAUCGUAGGGACAGGGACCAAUGCCUGCUACAUGGAGGAGAUGCGGAACGUGGGCACUGUGGAGGGGAAUGAUGGCCGCAUGUGCAUCAACAUGGAGUGGGGGGCCUUCGGGGACAACGGCUGCCUGGACCACAUCUUCACCACAUUCGACCGGAUGGUGGACGAGAAAACCAUCAACCCGGGCAAGCAGAGGUUCGAGAAGCUCAUCAGCGGCAUGUACCUGGGUGAGAUUGUGCGCUACAUCCUGCUGGCAAUGGUGGAGAAACGGGUCCUGUUCCAUGGGAAGCCCUGCCCCAAGCUCCAGACCAAGGACAUCUUCCAGACCAAGUUCCUCUCCACCAUUGAGAUCGAUGGGCUGGCCCUGCGGAAGGUGUUGGCCAUCCUGCGGGACCUGGAUCUGCACGCCAGCUUUGAGGACAGCGUGCUGGUGCGGGAGGUGUGCCAGACCGUGUCCCUGCGGGCGGCCCAGCUCUGCGCCGCCGGCGUGGCUGCUGUGGUGGAGAAGAUGCGGGAGAACCGGGGCCUGGACCAGCUGGUUGUCACCGUUGGGGUGGAUGGAACCUUGUACAAGAUGCACCCGCACUUCUCCCAGAACCUCCAGCAGACGCUGCAGGUCCUGGCACCCAAGUGCACCGUCACCUUCCUGCAGUCGGAGGAUGGCUCGGGGAAAGGGGCCGCGCUCGUGGCGGCCGUGGCCUGCCGCAAAGCUGGGCCCUAGGCACAGCCACCGCUGCCAUCACCCCAAUAAAGCGCUUUCCUCCCCACCUCUGCC